GCGGGGACGGUGGCCGCGAAGGCGCUGGGGAGGCGGACGGUGGCCGGCGAGGUUCGGCAUGGAGCACCUGGAGCGCUGCGCGUGGUUCCUCCGCGGGACGCUGGUGAGGGCGGCCGUGCGGCGGUACCUCCCGUGGGCCCUGGUCGCCUCCAUGCUGGCGGGCUCCCUCCUCAAGGAGCUGUCCCCGCUGCCCGAGAGCUACCUCAGCAACAAGCGCAACGUCCUCAACGUGUAUUUUGUCAAACUGGCCUGGGCCUGGACAUUCUGUCUCCUCCUGCCCUUCAUUGCCCUUACCAACUACCACCUGACGGGCAAGGCCGGCCUGGUCCUGCGGCGGCUCAGCACCCUGCUGGUGGGCACGGCCAUCUGGUAUGCCUGCACGUCCCUCUUCUCCAACAUCGAGCAUUACACAGGCAGCUGCUACCACUCGCCUGCCCUGGACAAGGUCCGGGAGGAACACCAGAGCAAACAGCAGUGUCACCGGGAAGGGGGCUUCUGGUACGGCUUUGACAUCUCGGGCCAUUCCUUCCUGCUAACCUUCUGUGCCCUCAUGAUUGUGGAGGAGAUGGCGGUGCUGCAUGAGGUGAAGACGGACCGGAACCACUACCUGCACACUGCCAUCACCACGCUGGUCAUCGCCCUGGGCUUCCUCACCUUCAUUUGGGUGUGGAUGUUUCUAUGCACGGCCGUGUAUUUCCAUGACUUUUCCCAGAAAGUAUUUGGCACCUUGUUUGGGUUGCUGGGCUGGUAUGGGACCUAUGGGUGUUGGUACCUGAAAUCCUUUUCCCCAGGACUCCCUCCCCAGAGCUGUAGUUUGACUUUGAAACAAGACAGUCAUAAGAAGUAAAAGAGAAACAGAACUGGGGGAGGGGGUGGGAGAAGUCAAUGGCUAAUAUAUUUUCCAUGUAUUUUGUUUAGGAUCUGGCUAAAUUAUUUAUCCCAUUUCAGAGAGGAAGCUUAGCAGGCAGUUUUGGGGGGUGGAGUGGAGUCUGGCAAGAUUUAGUCUUCAGGCUCUCCUUGGUGACAUCAUCUGUGGCGCAGAUGCCAUCAUUUCUGUCAGGCUCUCUUCAUCCCUGGCAGGACUUGACCUUAGCCUGGCACGGUCUUUUGCCCCUAGACAGGGAAAGAUAAGGCUUGACAAAAGGACAGAAUCAGGAGAGUCUCAUGUGGCUGGCUCAAGGGGAGAGGCCAGAGCCUCACGACCCUGCUGCUGCCAUGUUCCUGAUUCUUGUUCUCUUGAUUUAUUGGCUGUUAAUGCUGUGAUUUGAACAGUAUUUUCUGGUCGAUAUACAUAUGCACUUAUUUCUGGCAGGGUUCUCUAUAAAACACCCCACACCUGAGAGACACUCAGAUUGUGAUACAAUAUCUGUUUCCUCUGUGGAAUGUCGAAUAUUUGCAUCUGGCUGCGAUCAGCCAUUAGACUGCAGUGCCUGGAUGAUUUCUAUGUAACGAACAAUGACAUUUUUCUGUCCACACUGUUCUGUGUUCGCUUUUUUGGAGCAAUAAGGUUGCCUUUAUUAUUAAUUUUUCCUCUUCUAUUUUGAGUGAAUGCUUUAUACCUUUUUAAUAACAACUACAGCGUUUGCUCCUUGUUGACAAAGCUGAGAACCCCUCACAGGUCCAGGGCUGCCCUUUGGCACAUGUCAACUGUUUUCUGGGGUUAUUUUUAGAACACUAAUUUACUCUAUAUAAACCAAACUCUUGGUUUAGAGGAUUUAAGUCCCAUCUCUUGUCAAGAGUAAAACUGGAAAGCAGCUAUUUUAAUCAUUUGACGUAUUUUUCAAAGUGCUUGUUUGUACUGCAGCUCUUCCUGACCACAUGUCAGAGCUGCAGACUGACUACGGUCAAGUUUAUAUGGUAAGCGAUCAGUGUUGCUGUGCUCUGUGGCCCAAGGCCCUUUUACCUUUGGACAAGAUUUUGAUCAUUGAGAAGUGAAGACAGAUGUGUCUCUGUGAUGCAAGAAGCCAGCCUGUUGGCAAAGACAUCUUGAUUGAACAGUGGUCUGACUUUGGCCCCACCUACUCUCCCUCACACCACCAACAGAACAGCACAGGGCUGGCCCUGCUCGCUGGCCCUGUCUGCUGGCCUUGCAGUCUGCCCACCUCUUCUUCCCUCCUCGAAGCACUCCUCAGUUUUAAACUUUGUUCGGUGCCUUCACUGAGAAGGCUGAGGAGGGUUAGAAGUCCUGUUACCUCCGUCCCACAAGGCACAGUUCCACUCUGGGAUAAAAAGGUCCCUUUCUUUUCCCAGACUAUCUCUUAGUCUUGGGCUUCUUGGAUAAUCACCUAAGCUGCUCUGAUGCCUCUCCCCCAGUGGAUAACAGCAUUAACUGAUAAGCACUACACUUGACUGACUUAACUCUAGUUUAGCUUGUUAGGAGAUUGGCAACUCUGGAGGGCAGUUAUUUUUUUAUAUGAAGAUAAUUGAAGUAUGUAUUUCACCUCCGAAUGAGCUGCAGUCAACUUUAUCGAUUAAAAUAUGAGGUGGAAGAUGUUGUCUCUAAGGAGGGAGAAACACAGGCAAGGAUGUCAUGGUGCUUUGGAAAGAAGUAACAGGUGGGCAGAGAGGGCCUCUCACCUGGGAUUUCCAUCUGUUCCAGAGUGUCUUGACAGUGGGGCUGGGCCAGACAACAGGGGGCUGUGUCAGCCAGGUUGAAAAGUAAGUUUCAUGUUCAGCACCAGCAGGGAACAGGCACAGGUGUCUCCACAAGCUCAUUUGUCACACGCCGGUCUCCAGACAUUUUUCUCAUGCUCUGAUCCAGGCGUAACACUAAAUGGACUGCAGGUUGGAACUGGAGUUAGCUAGUCUUCUGUGUGGAUUGGGCUUCUGCCACCUGCUCAUCCUUGAUGCCCUUUGUUUUCCUUUUGUGCUGGGGAUGGAGCCCAGGGCUUUGUGCUUGCUGGGCAAGCAUUCUACCUCUGAGCAAUAUGCCCAGCUCCCUUAGGCAUCCUAGAGAGCAUUCACCCCUACUCUGUGUGAGGCAGCCUGGCCUGAGUGAGGCGGGGGGGGGGGAGGGCAGUAAUGGCAAAUAAGAGGUGAAGGCUUGGCACCAUCCCCAAGUGUCACAUGACCUUAUGGGCCAGCCUUAUCUUCUUCCUCUGAGGCAGAGAUGAUACUGUUUGGGUUAAAAGAGAUGAUGCAUGUAUAGUGCUGAGCAUAAGCGCCACUUCCUUUUCCCAGACAGCCUCUGGGAUGGAUCUUUAUGCUCCUCUACAUGUCCUCUAACAUCGCUUGUGGAGCCAUUUGCAGUCUAGAUCACUCAUUGACACAGUCUCAUGGUGUCUUUUGAAAAGUGUUUAUUGUCCCCAGGUGCUGAACAUGAGGCUUUGGGAUCACAGAGACCUGCUGCACAUGCACGUGCUUUGCCUGUAUGGAAAGGUUCACUUGCUUGUUUCCGUGUGCAUCUGUCAUUGUCUGGGUACCAGAUUGUAUUUCGAGAAUGGCUCGUGCUACUGUUAAACACACACAGAUCCUGUGUGGAAACAAGCAAAUUAAAGUACACUGGAAAUAACAG